GUUGACGAGUCGGGGUAUACGACUGUAUUUAUUGCAUACUGGAUGCAGAGAGAAAAAUGUCGUCUGCCUCCCAAAUGUAACAACAUUUUCGACUUGUUUCUCACUCGACAUGAGCAGAUUGAUAGGUGAAACAAAAAGAUGCGAUCAGUAGUAUUUGUAGAGCGCUUGGAAUUCGAGUUUUCCGGGAACGUGUUUCCAAAUGCUGUAGUUUUGGGGGACGUUGAUAACGACAAUGAAAAUGAGCUGCUGGUGGGAAAUGCUGAGGGAGAACUUAGCGUCUUCAAGGGGAACAACACGCAACCAUGGGCAACCUGCUCCAACUUGGGCAUGAUAACGUGCCUUGGUGUUGGUGAUAUCUGCAACUCUGGAAAGAACUGCUUGGUAACCAUAAGCGGGGAGGGCCUUUGCAGUAUAUUUUACAGAGUACCAGCAGCUAAAACAGAGGUACAUGAGCUAGCUGAGGCAGACAUCGUCAGUGAUGACACCAUCUUAACACCCUGCCACACCCAGCAUCUCACAGCCAACAUCAAGGUGGUUCUCAUUGAUGACAUAGACGGAGAUGGUAAGAUGGAAUUUGUUGUUGGUCACACGGACCGAGUAGUGAGUGCCUAUCGCUGGGUAGACAAACAACUGCCAUCGUCUAAUGAAUCAUGUCCCUUCGUACCCGGCAAGUUUCUUUUGCUUCAGAAGUGGCACCUGAAUGGACAGAUUGGUUCCCUGUCCCUCAGCAGACACCCAGACGGACAGCCCAAGCUGAUUGUCUCCCAGCCUGGAUGCAACUAUGCAGAGCUCCUCUGUAGCUGGGUCAAAGGUCACGUGGAGGAGGUCACCGGUCCCAAUAGCAGUAAAAGCGAGACCUAUGUGAAGUGGCAUCCCAUCACCAACAAGCGGGCUCGCAACGCCAACGUCUCCACGGAAUUGGUCGGCAGAAUCUGUCGCUCAGCCGACUGCGAAGAUCGGACUAACGCACAUGGAGGGAAGGACCCCGUGCCCAGUAGAAUGGCCAUGUGCACUCUAGAUGGCACCUUAAUGAUGAUUGAGGAGGAUAAAAUCCUGUGGUCACUGCUAGUUGACCAUCAACUCUUCGCUCUGACAAAAUUUGAUAUCAAUUGCGAUGGGCAGGACGAAGUGGUUGUGUGUGCCUGGGACGGCCAGACGUACAUUGUCAACCACUCUCAAGAAUCCGUCAGGUUUCACUUCCAGGAGAAUGUCUGCGCGUUCUGUGCUGGCCAGUACAGCACCACAGGCGCCAACAAGCCCUGCCUAGUGUACGCAACAUUCAACAAGCGCAUCUACCUUUACUGGAACGUGCAGAUACCCAGGAUUCCAUCGGCCGAUCUACAGCUGGCGCUCUCCAGGAACGAGAAGGUUCAGAAAAAACUGAAAGAGUUAAAUAUUGACGUGACUGACACCAGCAAACUGAGAGAACUUUACCAGUGGUGUUUCUAUGGAAACCAUCCAAGGAAGGAAACGGAAGACCAAACUUGACCUCAUAUCUUCCUUUGGCCUUUGCUUGGAGCGGUGGGGCAGACCACCGGGAGGGAGGGACACUUGAGCGAAUUGCUGAUGCAAAGUGACUGUGCGCAUUCAGAACUAGAAAGCACUCAGAGAGCGCUCACCUCCGCCAAGGCUGAACAAUUUCCUUGCCAUAUUUGUUAGUGCACCCACAGCCUUGCAAAUCCAUUGGACUUCCGUAAACUCAAACAUGUUUGUAUGUAUAUGCCUGUGUUGGUCUACUUUUCCACUCCCCAUUGUAUAAAAUGGUAUAGUCCAUUGUGUGGUUAGAAUAGGUGUGUUACACAAGACAUACUGGGUCACCGGGUCAGUGCCACUCACACAAACCUGUGCAUAGAGCAAUCUAGUGAAAAAAUGUACACGCAUAUUGGUGAAAAUUCUUGGAAAAAAUCCUGCAUCCACAUGCAGAUCCUGAUCAAUUCCAAAUCUGUACCAAGGACCACCUCUAAAAAAAUUCUUGAAAAUCCGUACAGAACUUUUUCAGUUAUCCUGUUCACAGACAAACACACUAACCAACCAGCUCACAAACCAACGGCAGUGAAAACAUAACCUCCUUUGCGGAGGAAAUAGAAUUAGUUGAGCAUGCUUAAAUUUGCGCUACACGCGCGAGGACCAGUAUGCGCGUGCGGUGUGUCCCUCCCCAAGGGUUGGUCGAAAGGCGGUCGCAACACUGUUUGUGCAUGGAGUCUAUAUGAGGCAAUGCUGACUCUUAAAUUUGUUUGGCUGUUGUGCCCCUUGUUCCGAGAAAACAACAUUAGGAUCUCAAUUUCGAUUCAAAAGUUGCCGAGUCAUGUUUUGAAUUUCACCCAAAAUCAGCAUCCGAGGCACGUUCGCAUAUACAGCCGAUUGCAGCUACCUACACGAUGUCACGCCGAACGAAUUAGAGCAACCGCAUGUGCGGUGUGCCAAUGCUUGCGCGCACCCAUUCACGGCUUUGCCCGAAUUACACUAAAAGAAAUUUCCAAAAAAGCAUCUUCAGACGCAUCUUUUGUAUGCUUUUCAACAAUCAUUUUGUCGGUUACUUUUUGGAUAGCUGCAAAAAAUGAUGUACUUCACCUUUAAAUAUUAAUUGAUUCCAUUAGUCAGACAAACUACGUUGAUAUUCCUGACUCAAAUAGAAAAAUGACUCUCUUGGGCUACGAUGUAAUUAGCCACCAAUAUUUAUUAUUUAACAUGUACCAUCACCUGAGAUAUAAAUUCUAAAUUCAAAUAAAACCACCUUGCAUAACUUCAAAAAUCUGA